AUGCCCUCCGACGACUACGCGCCCAUCGUCCGCGGCGGGCUAAAGCUCAAAGGCGCCGCCGCAGGCGUUACGAAAAAGAAGAAGAAGAAGAAGAGCAAAUCCUCGUCCUCGGAGUCCAAAGCGUUAGAGACCGCUCUUAAAGAUCGUGAUGACGAGAGGCGGGUAGAGGAGCAAGAUGGUGCAGUGAGGAAGAAAGAGAAAGAUACGCGGGAAGGUGGGGAAGAUGAUGGAGAGGAAGUAGAUGGCCAGGAUAUGCGGGAACUGGAACACCGCGAUCCGAAUGAUGGGAAAACGGCUUCAGAGCGUGCUUAUGAGGAGACGAGAAGGAAACGCUUACAAGAGCGGCUGCUCCGUGAAGGUCCGCCAAAAACACAUAAGCAGCGCGUGGAGGAAUUAAAUAAAUACUUGAGUAAUUUGAGUGAACAUCAUGAUAUGCCGAGAAUUGGGCCCGGAUAA